AUGUCUUCUGCUAAGGUGUACAUAUGUCGUCGCCAAAGCGAUGAACCUCGCCCAGAGUUUAUGGACGAAAUCCAGGAGGUUCGUCAAAAUUAUCGAUACGUAAUGAUUAGGAGAGAAACGAUGAGGAAAGCUUUCGCAACAGCGCUACUCGUUCAAAUGUGGACGAUCUUGGUUGCACAUCUACCAUAUCUAGUUCUCGAACAAAUUUUCAAACACUUAAGUUCCACGGAACUUCGUAGUUGCAUGCUCGUGUGCCGUCACUGGUCACAUGUCUUAGAUUCAGAGAACAGUGUUGCUUGGCAAUCCUUGGCACAAAGGAAGAUAUCAACAUCUGCUCUUUCUGGUUCACAUUUGCUGAGCGGAGUUAAUACGUAUAAAAUGAAAUUACGGGCAUUAUCUUUUGCCUGGUAUCCCAUUGGCAUCGACAGAAAUGCUUAUCUUCGUUGCCUUUCCCACGAUGAUUGCGACAUAGUUGACGAGCAAUAUUGGGGAUGGAACCUAGCAAAUAACAGGUUGUUGCAUGGAAAGAACCGUUUGCGUGUUUACCCACGUGGGAAAAAUUUUUCUAUGUACAAGCAGGGAGAAAGAAUGAGGCUUGUGAUAGAUUGCGACCGUCACGUCGUUUAUUUUGAAAGUACGGAUGGAACUCACCUUGGGAUUGCAUUCGCAAGAAUCCCGCCAGUUGAAUUAUAUCCAACCAUUUGGACUGGACAACGUCUCGCAGAUGUUUCCAUGGUUUACAUUGGACGUCCGCAUUAA